AUGCAGCGCACCUACGUGACAAAGGUGCCUAGCAUCAGUACUAUAUACAUGGACAAAACAAAUACAGAGCCUCAACUCCACCACAUUAUUAAGGACAGCGUGCAGAUUUCCGUGCUUAACUUUAACAACUCGAAAAGGGGAUCUAGCACUUUCGGACGUAUUAACAAGCUUCUUAGAUCUUUUAAUAAGCUACGUAUCGAUAAAAAAGAUACUAAAGGUAUGAGAAUCGCUAAGAGCGUGCUUAAAGGUACGGAUAUUAUUAAGCUAAAGCCUCGGCCGGUGACUCGAAUGGUUCUAGCGAUCUUGACGAUGAUCGACGAAGAAGAAACGGGGAGGAUUGGCAGGGAGAUCGAGGCUACGGAUACGAAGGGGGGAUUCGGAAACGGACCUUUAAAGGACUCCGGAUUCGGAAAUGAGCCUCUUAAGGACCCUGGAAGAGAACGGACCACCGGCAACCAUAUCGGCGCCCCUGACGAUGAUGGUGACGAUUUCCUUGAGCUAGGAGCAGCAGACCCUCACUCAAGAGCAAAGGAAUUGGCUUUGUUCGCAAGAAGCUUUCUUAAGGAAUUGAAGACCACUUCGAGACUGAUUACCGGCGGCAAGCAAAAUACGACCGCUAAGAGGAAAUUUCGCUGGAUUUGGUCAAGAAAGAGAAUCCAGGGACCUCGCUUAGCGAGUGCUUUGAGAAGCUCGCUAAGGAGCUCAAGGGACUUUAAAGCUUAUUACGACCAGACGACUAUUGCGCGGAUGAAUCUUGCUUUUACUUUUACCGCUGCAGUUGCCGAUAUACGACGAGCAAUUUCGUUUGCAAUUAAGACCUUUCGACCCGCUAAGGUUAGAGCUUACGCGAGCUUUAGCGAGCCACACGAUCACACCUGUUCUCAGCACGCUUUAGAGGCUGACUCCGAUUUGGAUGAGGAAUACGAAUGCUUUAUUCAGGACCGCUAA